UCGAGAUCCAAAACCGAUCCGAUCAGCGAUCAUGAUCAAAAGUAUCAAAAAAUAGAAUUUCUUUUUUCAAUUUUGUCGCUAUUUGAAAGAUCAUAGGAAAGAAAUUGAUGAUAACUGAUCUGUAAUAUGUAAUCCCUUAACUGCAAUUUUUGAAAAUGAAAUCGAUUUGCGCAGUUGGUGAUACGUGGUUGCAGUAUGGAAUAUGGAAUAAAAUAAAAAUAAAGCAGCCGAGUGCCAGCCAGACUAAUCGCGUUUUCCAUCAACUUUAGUUCCUAAGUUCCACUCAAAAUGGCGCUGCCAAGGGUGCUGUGUCGUGCUCGUCUUCUAUUAAACAACGACUUUUCGGUGAUUUCAAAAUAUUCUUGUAUGGUGAAUAGUGUCCCAAUUAAUAAAUCAGUGCGAAUAAGAACGGUGCGGUACUUUAGGACACAUCUUUCCGCCGGUGUAGUGUUAUCAAACAAGAAUGAAAUAGAUACAGACCUUCCUAGUUCUUCUUCUUCUUCCUCUUCCUCUUCUUCUGAUAGUGAAAGUACGGAUAGUGAUUCGGAUUCUGAAGAUGACGUGACGGUGGAAUACCACAAGGGUCUGCCCCAGAUCACCGUGCCUCUGCCCAGCAGGAAGGAGCGAUGCCGCUUCACGCUGAAGCCCAUCUCUAACACGGUGGGCGACUUCCUCGACAUGCUCAAGAAGGAGGACCGGGGCAUCGACAGGGUGGUGUGCAAGACGAAAGAGGGUACUAGGAUAGCGGCCUCGAACACGAUAGAGACGUUGUUGGACGACGACUUCAAGUUGCUGAUCAACGAUAGCUCGUACAACGUGAAUACGCCGAAGCAGGAGAGGGUGACCGGGGAGGAGAUACAAAGACUAAACGACGUGAAAAAUCUAGUUAACCAAUUAUACGAAGCGAUGCACAUACAGGAGCACCAACUUACGAAAGAAAAAGAACUGAUGACCCAGCUGGAGACGCUUCAGCAAGAACUGAUGCCUUUAGAACAAAAAAAAAUGGAACUGGAAAUGGUGGCCCAACGGCGUGGCAAUUUCCUGGCAUGGGCCGGCCUAGGUCUGAUGUCGGUCCAAUUCGGCAUUCUGGCUAGGCUGACCUGGUGGGAAUACUCCUGGGACAUCAUGGAGCCGGUCACUUACUUCGUCACCUAUGGCACCGCCAUGGCUUGCUAUGCCUAUUACGUACUUACGAGAACGGAAUACGUUCUUCAAGAUGUCAGAGACCGUCAACACCUCCUGAUCAUACACAAAAAAGCGCAAAAACUCGGUGUCGAUCUGAACCAGUACAACAUGAUGAAACAAGAGGCCGUUCGGAUUCAAUACGCCUUGAAAAAGCUCAGGAAUCCUUUGAAACUGAAAAUACCUCCGAGACCUGUUUCACAAAAGACGCCCAUCAUAGAAGUAGUACCUGAGACAACAACCCAACCUAGUUUCGAAAUCACAGAGGUGCCGAGAGGCAUUAUAGGUAUACCAAAAGUAACGACCUUCCUUUCGGGAAUACUCAAAAGCACGCCGACGCUAAAAGGUACCACGAUACUGAAAGAACCAACAGCAGCACCAAAAGACGUCAAAGAAUCUUCUGUGACUAAAGAACCUCCGAAGAUCGACAAGGAGGUUCCCAAAAAAUGAUUCUCGGUACGGACGAGCAAGAGAAUGUAUUUUGUUGUUACCGCUCUCAAAUUGAUUUUUAUUUAUUUAUUGAUAAAGUUGGACCACCACGGUCCGAGGAAAUAAUCAUUGUUGCUUCCUAGAGGGUCGAUGGAGUGUUGAAAAAAGCUCAAAGGUAGGUUAGUAUCGAAAAAACAUGGACUAGGAC